ACUGGACACUGAGCUGCUGCAGUCUACUCUCUGUCUGAAUCCCCUUUAUCUCCUAAACUACUACCACUAGUAGUUUGCUCUUGAGAUCGGACAGCCGGAAUCUGAAAAGUCUGUUUUUGUCACCGUUCUGCCUCUGAAACCCACAGUGGAUACUGUGGACAUACUGGACACUGAGCUGCAGCAGACCACCUCUCUUUUCUGCACUGCCGGACAGUUUGCCACGCAGUAUCGAACUCGUAGUUCAGCUGCUUGCAGUUUGUUUUCUUUCAUCCUGUGCUUCUGGGGGAGGGAGGCAAAGACUUGAGACAGGAUGCUAACUUCUGGUUGACAAGCCGACUCGGGAAGGUCUUCCUUUCUGUUGUCAACUUUGUCGUCUCCUUCAGUGGGUUCCUCAAGCUCGUUUGAGUGCUUAUUUUCCGUCCGAGUCGAGUCUAAGCUGCCCUACAGGGCCAUCAUCAUUGGGUCACCACCAUGCAGGUGUCGUUAGUGUGCUCGGACAACCACCGUGGCGGUGGCGUGACACGCACCACGGAGGAGCGUCUGAACCAACGGAACUCCAACAGCCCCAGUCUGGGCACCAAGAACAAGUUCCGCGCUGUGGCCAUGGUGGCCCGCAGCCUGGGACAGCUGUCCAUCAACAUUCCCUCGUCCAGCGACCAGAGCAUACGCACUGGCAUGAAGUAUAGAAACCUGGGCAAGUCUGGAUUGAGGGUGUCCUGCCUGGGAUUAGGCACGUGGGUUACCUUCGGAGGACAGAUCACAGAUGAGAUGGCGGAAGAAAUAAUGACAUUGGCCUAUGAGAACGGGAUCAAUCUGUUUGACACAGCGGAGGUCUACGCUGCAGGGAAGGCAGAGGUCGUAUUGGGAAACAUCAUCAAGAAGAAAGGUUGGAGGCGCUCUACUUUGGUCAUCACCACCAAGAUAUUCUGGGGAGGAAAAGCAGAAACAGAAAGAGGGUUGUCCAGAAAACAUAUCAUCGAAGGACUAAGGGCAUCGCUAGACCGACUGCAGCUAGAGUAUGUGGAUGUCGUUUUCGCAAACAGACCAGACCCCAACACACCUAUGGAAGGAGACCCAUUUCACACCUCAAAGUCCAAGACAUUCAUCAUAGAAGAGACGGUGCGGGCAAUGACCCAUGUGAUCAACCAGGGUAUGUCCAUGUACUGGGGAACGUCGCGCUGGAGCUCCAUGGAGAUCAUGGAGGCGUACUCAGUGGCCAGGCAGUUCAACCUGAUACCCCCUAUAUGUGAGCAGGCUGAGUAUCACAUGUUCCAGAGGGAGAAGGUGGAGGUGCAGCUUCCCGAGCUCUUCCACAAAAUAGGUGUGGGUGCCAUGACGUGGUCUCCGCUGGCGUGCGGGAUCAUCUCAGGGAAGUACGAUAGUGGGGUACCCCCGUACUCACGGGCCUCACUAAAGGGCUACCAGUGGAUGAAGGACAAGAUCCUGAGUGAGGAGGGGCGCCGUCAGCAGGCGAAGCUGAAAGAGCUGCAGGCCAUUGCCGAGCGACUGGGCUGCACCCUGCCCCAGCUCGCCAUCGCAUGGUGCCUGAGGAAUGAAGGGGUGAGCUCUGUGCUACUGGGGGCCUCCAGCACAGACCAACUGAUGGAGAACCUAGCAGCAAUACAGGUUCUUCCAAAGUUGUCGUCCUCCAUCGUUCAUGAGAUGGAUAGUAUCCUAGGCAACAAGCCCUAUAGUAAAAAGGACUACAGAUCCUAGAGGCUGCCUGAGGAACAUUGUUGGGCGGAGGUCAGCAUCCUCCUUCUUCCUCGUCUGCGACCAGCUUCAGCUUCAACAAGACACCAGGCACCAUGGGAAAUAUAUAGCCACUUGGGAAAGUCAAUCAGAGUAUCUAAAUAUAUAUAUCUUUCUCCCAACCCAAAGAUUUUAGAGUAGACUUGGAGACAUUUCCCAUCCGAGGAAUUGUAUUCACCAUUCACAGUCCUUAAAAGCACUUCGUUCAUAAACUAUUUAUUCUAUAACAGAUUCUUGAUUAAAAAGGUUCAGAAUCCAGAAUACCUUUGAAAAGGUUUUUGUCUUGUAGAGGUCCCAUAAAAUAAAUUGAUCCAGCACUCCAUUAAAGAUGCACUAUGCAAAAUCACAAAAAUUCAAAUAGUUUGCUUAAUUUCAGUAUAUAUGACAAAACAAGCAAGUAUAGUGCAGAGAAUCACUGUAACAUCUAAACCGCUGUGAAAUAUGUUCUCCAUAACCAACAAUAUUUUCAGCUGUUUGAAGCUAGUGUGCAAAACUGAAAGUAAGACACAAAACAAAACUUAAGAACAGGAGCACAUAGAACAGAUCUGCCGCUUCUUAGACUUGCUUUCAAUGAGAAUGACAUAUCUUUAACACACAUUUCUAUGUGAAUUUGGUCAGGUCGCCCAAAACGUUACCUUUUUGCAACUUUAAAUAGCUAAUACUGAACAUUUGUUGAGAUUACCAAAGCUGAUACUAUUCCAUGCGUAGAUAAUAGAAAUAUAAUGAUGAGUGGACAUGAUUCUGUAUCUGAUAUAAAGGGCAUGUGUCCCACUACUCUGAUGAUGAGUUGAAAAAGGAAAUUGAACACUGAAAUAGUAUGGUUAAACCACACCCAUUCAACUAAGGCAACUUGGGCUGCCAUCUUUUCAAUUGGCAAAAAGUUGAGAUCUUGCCUGCACCCACUCUUUCUUUAGUAUACAGACUGAACCAUUAUGAGUUAUUUCUGAAUUUCACCUAGCUACAAGACUGUACAUCUGCCAGUCGGUGUGUUUUUUUGUUGUUGUAAGCCUACCGAAUGGCUGUGUCUAUCCUAUUCAUUGUAUUUUUUCACUUAUAUACCUUUACACACACACUUCCUCUGCAUCAGUGUGAAGAGGGCAGCCCUCCCAGCCGUGUACAGUAAUGGCUUUUCAGAGAGCACUCAGUGAGAAAACCCCUUGCCUCAAAACUCUGUCACAUCCUAUUGUGACUGGAUCAGGUUAAGUGUUUUUAACUUUUUACUCUCUGAGUCCCGGGAUUGGUCAUGCAAUUUUCCCAGAGUGCUCGAUAAAACAGCUUCCUGUGUUAUGAAGUUAUGUAACACAAAACAGAACGAACUGGCACCACCAAAAACUACAUCUCCCUUCCCGAAAAUAUAUAUGUUUGAUUAAAGUGUAAUGUUCCAGUUUCAUAAAUGCUUUCUGUGAGCAGACAAUGGGCAGUUAUAUUAGUGUGUGUGUGUGUGUGUGUGUGUGUGUGUGUGUGUGUGUGUGUGUGUGUGUGUGUGUGUGUGUGUGUGUGUGUGUGUGUGUGUGUGUGUGUGUGUGUGUGUGUGUGUGUGUGUGUGUGAGCUCACUUUACCUGGUCAUGGUCACUGCUGUAGUUGGACAAGAGACAUGUUCACUCAUCUAAAGCCAAAGAGAACACCCCAACACACAUAUUACUGUACUGUAUAAUACUCAAGGCAUCUAAGUGGUUUCUGCCAGUCAGAGUGACUGUGGUUAGUUUUGAUUUCAGUCUCAACGUCGCUUGAGAUUCAUUUAGGAAGGCUUUCAUGCAGCCUAGUCUCCUUUCCUCUGUCAUUGAGGAUGUGGGAACAUGAUAUUUGGGAAACACAGUUGCUAACAUAGUAUUUUCUGUGUUUGCAAUGUUGCAUUUACUGUCUAAUGAUGUUGUGUCCCUAUUCUAAACAUUGUUCAAAAGCAUUUGUGACCUAGACACACCGGUUGUAUCUCAUUCUAAAUGAGAUAGAGAUAGAAAGAGAGAAAAAGAGAGAGGGACAUGUCUCAGUCAAAGUCAAUGCUGCAAACCUCAGGAGUAUCUUUGUUGGGUCUUUGGCGCCACCUUUAGGUCAUAAAACAUCAAUGGCAGCAUUGAUGUCGAUAUUUCUUGUCUGAGAAAACACCCAUCCUGUCUACAAUUGGUAUUAAAACCUGAUCCAUGCUUCACCUUAAUAUUUUGAGCUAUAUAUUUUGAUUUGAUAAUGUAAUUUCAAUUUGGCAAGAUAACUUGCCAUUAUAACGACAUGCUCUAACUAUGGCAAUGGAUGGUCGAUGGUAUGAUACCAUUUAGUAACAAGACAGUGAAGUCUACAGUAAAUACCAUUUUGUAACACCUUACCCUCCAGUUUGCAUAAGUAUCUAUACCCAUUGGAGUUGUGACACUGAGAUAGUUGGCCCACAUCAACUCUGCUGUCCAACCAGUUACUGAAAUAAAUGACUGGGUCUGAAAUGACUGGAACUUGAGCAUUAGGUCUGAUGAUAGUUUAAGGUAGGCUGAUGGAUGUGCUUCCAGGAUAACUUAGCCCGUAGUUCAGCACAACAUAGGCCUGCAAGAUUUAUGGGGUAUCCAGAUUUGCAGGACACCAGACAAAAAAAGUGACUGUUUAUAUAUUGCAUGGGCACCCACUAGUAACACUACUCUUUAGCUAAUGUUGAUACAAAUACAGCAUAUUGUCUGAGUGUAAACCUUCAGCUUUUUAAAAGUUGUCUACCUAUGUUUUACAUGUAACAUACCUAUUUUUCGUAUGCUUAUAUGAUGUAUCUAAGGAUUACAACUGGCCUCGCCUGUAAGGCUUUUGGGCUUUCACCAAAGCUCACGACUGAGCAACAUAUAGGAAACAUCUUAUUUUAAAGACAGGUUAUAUACUGUAACCGCUCAAAUUGUACAGUUGCAUAUGUGUGUGAGUGGGUGCAUGUGUUCAUGAGUGCGAUCCUGUGUAUGGGUGUAUACCAGUAACCAACACUGCUCUCUUAUGUUUCGUACUGUGUGCUCUGAUGUUGACUUUGUGCAUUUCUCUGAGCUUGUGGUCACCAGGCCUGGUUCUACCUAGUCCCAGUGAGCUACUGCACAAGGCAUCUCUACAUCAGACUGUCACUUAGAAACAUUAAGUAAAGGAGUGUGUUGGGAGCUAGCCUGGGUGCCAGGAGAAAGAGAUGGGCACCCAAGCUGUGCGUGAGCCUCAUCCAAUGAAAAGUGAUUAUUUAGCCACGGAUCACUCUCUUUGGGUGUGUUUUAAAGUAAAUUUACAUUAUAUAACAUUUCUAUCCUUUCCAGAUUGAUGGAAUGCUGGUCAGACACAAGUAAAUGCAGCCCGAGCAUCUAGUUAAGGCACGCUAUAAAGACACACACUAUGUUGUAGAUAAGAGCAAACAUAAUCAACUAAGUAGAGUACGCUACUGUGCAUUUCAUGUAAAGGGACUAAUUCACAAGCUAUUUUAAUGGUCUUAUUUUUUACACACACAAAUACUGUGCAGCAUAGGAAUCUGUAAUAUAGUCAACUGCAAGCUAUUUGUACAUUUGCAAUGUCAAAAUACAUAAUGGGUUCACAGAUUCUUUCUGUACUGUAUAUAAUCUAAAUUCUGUAUAUACUGUAUGGCUGUUAGCUAUCACUUCCUGCCUUUGUUUUAUGUUCUGUUCAUUUUGCAAGCAUUGCUAACUGAAUUGUGAUUGAAGCAGACUUUAGGUGAAUUGUGUUUACAGCUUGAGAACGUAUAAAUAUUCAAAUAAAUGCUAUAAAUAAAAAAUAAACGUAUUGACUUCAUACAGAA